AUGGUCAAUGGAACGGCGCCGGCCUGGACCCGCAACCUGUACCGGCGCAUGCCGUUUGGCCGCAAGCACUUCUUUGGCCAGGACGACGCGACGCAGGCCGCCGACUACUACAUCAUGAAUCCGGUCCCCCAAAAGCACGCGAGCCAGUGGCGGCCCAUCUUCUACCGCGGCGACCACCCCAAGUACACCACCACGAGCGUCGCCGUGGGGCGCGCCUUCCGCACCGGCUUCUGGAACUCGUUCCAGCUGCAGAUGGGCGACGGCGUGCACGAGAUCCUCGCCAACCAGAAGCGUGCAUCCAAGCGCAAGAGCCACGCCCGACUGCAGAAGUGGCGCAGAUUCUGGGGCAGGCCAGAGAAACCCCCCAAGGAACCCCUUGAGGAUGAUGUUCCGGUCCAGGGCUUUGUCACGCUCUUCAAGGCCUGGCGCCCCAGGUUCGUCACCCGCACCGUCAAGUGGCAGCUCGGCGGCCAUGAAUACCGGUGGACUGGCACCAGGCGCUUCAUGACGGGACCUUUCAGGAAGUGGAAGGGAGUGUCACACGAUUUCAAGCUCGUUGACGAUCACGACAACAUCAUCGCCACCUUCCAAAAGGACCGCUGGGUCUCGUACAAGAGCUCCGAGAAGGUCGGCGCCCCGCCCAACAAGACCCGGUCCUUCGUGGGCAGGCUGCGCAGAUACCCUGCCCCAGGCGCCACCCCUUCAGCCAACGAGGUCAUUGAGAGCAUCAGGUCGUCGCCGCCCGACGGAUCCAAGUUUCAUAAGAAGCUGGUCAAGCAGCUCAACAUCCAGGGCCCACACUCGGGCGAUCUCACCGAGGAGGCCAUCGCCUUGACGUGCUGGAUCGUUGUUGAGGGCGAGCACAGACUGAGGUACAAGAUCUUUGAUCUGCUUGAGGAGAUUGGCGAGACCAUUGGAGGCUGA